CCCAGUCACGCAGAGCCCCGGCUGGUGAGCCCACCCAGUCGGCGUAGCCUCCACCAAUGAGCGGCCAAAAGGGGGGUUAGGUUGUGCGGGGUUUGGGAGGAUGGCGGGGUUUCGUUGAGGAGGAGCUUCGGGCGCGUUGGCUCGCGUCGGUGGCCGUCCUGGUCCCUGGCGGGUCUCGCCAGUGCCUGCGAGGGAGCAAUGCCGGUCCAUUCCCGGGAGAAGAAAGAGAACAACCACGAUGAGAUGGAGGUGGACUAUGGGGAGAACGAGGGCAGCAGCUCCGACGAGGAGGAGUCCGAGAGCUCGUCCGUGUCCGAGGAAGGGGACAGCUCAGAAAUGGAUGAUGAGGACUGUGAAAGGAGAAGAAUGGAAUGUUUAGAUGAGAUGUCCAAUCUUGAAAAACAGUUUACAGACCUUAAAGAUCAACUUUACAAAGAGAGAUUAAGCCAAGUGGAUGCAAAACUGCAGGAGGUCAUAGCGGGAAAAGCACCAGAGUAUUUAGAACCACUGGCAGCUCUGCAAGAAAACAUGCAAAUCCGAACAAAAGUGGCAGGUAUCUACAGAGAGCUCUGUUUAGAGUCUGUAAAAAACAAAUAUGAAUGUGAAAUUCAAGCUUCCCGUCAACACUGCGAGAGUGAAAAGCUCUUGCUGUAUGACACAGUUCAGAGUGAACUGGAAGAGAAAAUCAGACGACUUGAAGAAGACAGACAUAGCAUUGACAUUACCUCAGAAUUAUGGAAUGAUGAACUUCAGUCUAGGAAGAAAAGGAAGGAUCCAUUUAGUCCAGACAAGAAAAAACCCGUUGUUGUAUCAGGUCCCUAUAUAGUAUAUAUGCUACAAGAUCUGGACAUACUUGAAGACUGGACAACAAUAAGAAAGGCAAUGGCUACCUUGGGACCACACAGAGUGAAAACGGAACCCCCUGUCAAAUUGGAAAAACACUUGUACAGUGCAAGAUCGGAAGAAGGAAGACUCUAUUACAAUGGGGAGUGGUAUGGACGUGGACAAACAAUAUGUAUUGAUAGGAAAGAUGAAUGCCCUACAAGUGCCAUAAUUACAACAAUUAACCAUGAUGAAGUGUGGUUUAAGAGGCCUGAUGGAAGCAAAUCCAAACUGUAUAUUUCUCAGCUACAAAAAGGAAAAUAUUCAAUCAAACAUAAUCACAACUGACCAUUAAACUAACCAGACAGUGUUACCCUGCUUGAUGUGCCAUGAAAUUACAGAUGUAUUUACUGUAUGUUCUCAUCUAUUUUUGUGGCAGUAUCUGUGUAUUUGUAGUAGUGUAAGUAAUAUUCAUACAGAUGUCUUGAAACAAGUGACAUGUAAUCAUGUUGACCUCUCAUUUGGGUCCAGUGCCUGAAAUAGGAAACAUUAAUCUUUGGGGAGUCAGAGAAUAUCCGUGGCUGCAGUCCUUACAAAUUAUGUUGUUCACAUGGGAUUGGGGUGUCUUUGGUGUUUCUCCUGUAGCUGCUCACAGAAUUGAAUGGGAGAGCUAAUUUUAAACUUUCUUGUUGAGCUGAAUGGGAAGCUGUACUAGAAAGUCUUCUCUCAGAUGUGUGUUUAGUUCUCCACUGCAUACACACACCAGUUUCUCGGAUUGCUGGCUACAGGUAUAACAAGAAAAAAAAUGGUGGUUAUAUCAUUUUCUAAAGUGAUGUGGUAACUGUGAAGUUUAUCGCUACAUGUUAAAAACUCAUCUUGUAUUUUACAGAACACCCCAUGCUUGUCUUACAAGGAAGUUAGAUUGCACAAAUGUUACUUUAAUGUGGUCUAAUGGGAAGGUGUUCUUAAGUCAACAACUGAAAAAAUGGAGACCCAAAAUAGUUGUUGUAGCUCUGUUACCUCAAUUUACUAAUUUUAGUUAAUAAUAAAAAGGCCAUAAUUUAAUGUGCAGGGGCAGCCCUUAUCUAGGCUGGUACCUGAUAAGACCAUUGUGUCUACUUCCUCCUUUUCUAGCACUAAGCUUGGAGCUUGCCAGAAUUAUUGGUGGAAAGUAGAUUAUGUUGUUUCUACUAGUAUUAAGCCCCCUCCUUCCCCUCCCCAGGUGUGCCUAUUCUGUAACUGGCAAAACAAUAAUUAAAAGUAUUGCUAAACAUUCUAUAUGAUUGGUAGCCAAAAUAAGUGUAAUUCUUUGAAAUUAGGAAUAGGGAAGAGAUAGUGGUAUUCACUACAUAUCCCAAAAUCUUUUGCCUCUGCUGCUCCAACAGUGUUGCAUUUCAGAAGCUUAGCUUCAGGAGAAGGACCUCUAGGUUUUCCUUACACAUUUGAGUUGUGUAGAAUGGAUUUGGGGGUGGGGAGGGGGGACAUUAUUUGGUGGUUUAUGUGCACUUUACUAUCCAUUAAGAUGCAUCUUUGAAGAAAGCCUGCACCUGAUGGAACAGACUGCCAAAAGAGUGUUUAUGUUCUAGAUUGGAUUGGUGCUAAAUCUGGAAUCCUAACAUGCAUCCUCACGAUAUCAGAAAUCUUGAACUGGAAUGCCAAUGUGUUAAAAAUCAUUGCAUUCUCAAGGCAGAUGCCAGUAAUCCUAACCCCAUAUUCAUCAAACUGGUUCAGUGGGUGGAAAUGGGUUCAUUAGUAAAGAAGACCAUUGCAUUUGAAAGUGGCGCUCUUUGGAACAGUUUUACUUGGUUUAGAUAAAGUAGAAAUGUAUUGAAAUAUGCUGCUCUACCCACAGGUUUGCAGUUCAUUGGCUCACCUUCUAAUUAAAAAUGUAUUGAAGAUAAGCAGCAUUAAAGAGAGAUUCCGUCCUAACAAUUUUCUCUUACUUUUUGUGAGCUGAAUCUUUUCAGCUGUGCUUAGUGGUGGGAGCUCACUUUCCUCCAAGAGAACUUUGUAAUGUAUUGGGAUUUUUGAAUGAAGGAUUUUAAGGUGUUUGGCCUUGCACAACUGUGCCGAUGGAAGUGCAGUUGUCCUGUAUUGUCCAUAUGUAAUGUGCAUGCUCUGCAUUGCAGUCCAGAGUUGGGCACAAGAACAGUAUUGCAGUAAUAAAGUGGCUGCCUACUGCUCUUCUUAAAGAACAUGUGCUUCUGUUACCCCACUACUGAGUGUCAAGAAACUGUGGUGUCUUUGUAGCCAGUGUCACUGAUCCUAGUUAUUGCAGGUCAGGAUAAAAUCUGUUCAACUCAAUAUACUGCAUUUAUGUUUGUGUGAAAAUGUACUUGCUGGUAUGGGGGAAACUGUUUAACCAUCACCCAAAGUCUAAAAUCCAUCUAGAGCAGCACUCUCUCUUGUUACUCUGCAUGUCACUCAUAAUAGCCAAAUUGUAUAUAAAGUAAUCAUGACAGGUGAGCUUUUGACAAAACCUAUUGUAUGUACACAGUUUGAUAAAGCCUUUUUUUUUGUAAUGAAAUAUUUGUAUUUUUUAACCUAGUGUAUAAAUAAAUGACCUGUCAUGGAGAAUCCAAA